AUGGAGGCCGGUGGUGGUGAUGGUGGUGCUAGUGGUAGCCGAAGUGAUGGGCAUGGUGGUGUAGGGAGUGAGGUUGUUGCUGGGAUGUUACUGGCUACCAUACCACCAUGGAGUUUGGACCUUAUUCCUGUCUUUCAUUGCCAAGAACCUUGCGGAGAACUGAAUCAUAUUAUUCAGACACUGAUCAUGGAGGAUGCUAAGAAAUUGGAAGAGGGUACUCUUGGAAGUAAUACAGAACUAGACAAGGAAUAUAAAAAACACAACAAGGCUAUUGAUACUACUACUCAUUCCCAUGAUCAUGAAGUGGUCAAUAAGACUGAAAGAGGAGAUGUCAUUGAGCAAAAAGAUCAGAAUGAGGCGAAGAAGAUCGAAGAAGAUGUUGCACAAAAGGCUGGGGAGCAAGCUAUUACCGUGGUUAAGCAGACAAAAAGGAGCAAGAGAAUUGCUACCUUAGAUGCCUUCAGAGGCCUUACCAUAGUGUUGAUGAUAUUGGUAGAUGAUGGUGGAGAAUACUAUCCACGCAUUGACCACUCACCAUGGAAUGGUUGUACUUUGGCUGACUUUGUCAUGCCCUUCUUUCUCUUCAUUGUUGGGGUGGCUAUAGCCCUUGCUCUAAAGAGAGUUCCAAAGAUCAAUGAUGUAGUGAAAAAAAUCAUUAUCAGAACAUUAAAGCUUCUCUUUUGGGGGAUUCUUUUGCAAGGUGGGUACUCUCAUGCACCGAGUGAUCUAAUUUAUGGUGUUAACAUGAAGAAAAUUAGAUGGUGUGGAAUACUUCAGAGAAUAGCUUUAGUGUACUUGGUUGUAUCUUUAAUAGAGACAUUCACAACCAAAGGCAGACCAACUGCUAUAGACUCCAGACCAACCUCCAUUCUCACUGCAUACAGAUGGCAAUGGAUCGGAGGGUUCAUCUCGUUCAUUAUUUACAUGAUAACUACCUUUGCAUUAUAUGUUCCUGACUGGAGCUUUAUGGAUGAAGGAGAGAGAUACACGGUUAAGUGUGGAAUGAGAGGACAUUUUGGGCCAGCCUGCAAUGCAGUUGGAUAUGUAGAUAGACAAGUUUGGGGUGUUAACCAUCUUUAUUCUUAUCCUGUUUGGAUUCGCUUAAAGGCUUGCACACUGAGCUCACCAAGUGGAGGUCCCCUAAGGGAAGGAGCUCCAAUUUGGUGUCAAGCUCCAUUUGAACCCGAAGGCCUCUUGAGUUCAAUCUCAGCUAUCCUUUCUGGGACAAUAGGAAUCCAUUAUGGACACAUUUUGGUUCAUUUCAAGGGUCACUCAGAGAGGCUUAAGCAAUGGAUGUCUAUGGGGUUUGGUUUGCUUAUCAUAGCCAUAAUCCUUCACUUUACUGAUGCUAUUCCUAUAAACAAACAAUUAUAUAGCUUCAGCUAUGUAUGUUUUACAGCUGGGGCAGCUGGACUAGUGUUCUCUGGCCUCUACAUACUGAUUGAUGUUUGGGGAUUUCGAACACCAUUUUUAUUCCUGGAAUGGAUUGGAAUGAAUGCAAUGCUAGUGUUUGUGUUGGGAGCUCAGGGCAUUUUGGCAGCUUUCUUUAAUGGAUGGUACUAUGAAACCCCAGAUAAAUCUCUAGUUAACUGGAUACAAGAGCAUGUCUUUAUCAAUGUUUGGCAUUCAGAGAGAGUAGGAUCUCUUUUAUAUGUCAUAUUUGCAGAAAUCACAUUUUGGGGAGUAGUUGCUGGAAUCUUACACAAAUUGAGAAUUUAUUGGAAGUUGUAA